AAUUCAACCACAAAGUAAACUACAUAUCUUCCAUGAGCCUUGUGUUUUGACAGAAUCUGAUUUUGUUGUAACUAAAGGAACAAUGUCUAUGAAUAAAACUUUACAAAAUGUUGACCCUAGAAAUGAAUAUGGAGAGAUGAAAAUUGCUACCAAAAUACUUGCUUGUGCUGAAAUUUCUGCAGAAUAUUGGGAAGAAGUUUUUAAUAGUUUUCCAAAAAGAUGGCCAAGAGAAAAUUAUAAUAAAAGUGGUCUUGAUCUUGCAGACCCAUCAGAAAAACCAUAUAUACGUGUUAAAACAUGGAAUCAAUACGACCGAGUAAAUGCUUUGAAAGCGGUUCGCGAUACAAAUAUGGAAACAGCCUCUGAUGAUCUAAAUAAUCAAUAUUAUUAUCGAAAAAUAGCUAAUGAAAAAAGAUUUCCUCUUUUAAGUUGA